AUGCCGUCUCUCCCUCUCCUCGUGGGGAUUUGCUCCCUCGUUGUUGCCGGAGUAUCUCAGUUGGCCACCGCUACGCCUGGAUAUGUUGUUGUUGAGCGGCUUGAUGGCAUCCCCGAUGGCUGGACGAAAGGCCCACCAGCCUCGCCAUCCAAACUGAUGAGAUUUCGGUUGGGUAUACAUCAGGAAAAUGCAGCCGCGUUUGAACAAAAAGUGAUCGAUCUGUCGACGCCUGGACAUGAUGCAUACGGGCGUCAUAUGCAGCUCCAUGAGAUCCGGGAUUUCUUACGCCCAUCUGAUGAUACCUCAGACAGCAUUCUCUCCUGGCUACAAGCGAAACAAGUGGCUGCUGAGGCUAUCGAGGACCAUGGGAACUGGAUCACUUUUACCAUCCCCAUCUCGCAGGCCGAAUCCCUGCUUGGCACACGGUUCUUUGAAUUCCACCAUCAGAAAUCCGGAUCAACUGUGACGCGAACGCUCGAGUAUUCGGUUCCGGAGGACGUGUAUCGUUAUGUCCACUUGAUCCAGCCAACCACCCGAUUCGGACAUUUCAAGCCCCAGGCUGGGAUGCCCGAUCUCACACCAGUGGCUCUCACUGCAGAGGACAUUGAUGGAAAUUGCUCUACUAUUACACCUGACUGUCUCCGUGAGCUGUAUCGUAUCAACGACCCCAACCCAACUCCGGAUCCCCGCAAUAUACUGGGUAUCUCUGGAUUUCUGGAAGAAUGGGCCCGUUACAAUGACUUUGAAGAGUUUAUGAAGCUUUUUGGGCCGAACCAACAGGACGCCAAUUUUACUGUGGAUUCUAUCAAUGGCGGCCUGAACCUGCAGAACUCUUCACAGUCCAGCUCCGAAGCGGCGUUGGAUAUACAGUACGCUGCAUCGAUUGCCUAUCACGCUGAAACGAAAUUCUACACUACUGCGGGCCGUGGACCCUUGGUACCAGAGGCUGACCAACCCGACCCUAACAAUUCGGACAACGAGCCGUACCUGGAGCAACUACACUAUUUGAUAAACCUACCGGAUGCGGACCUCCCCGCCGUUCUGUCAACCUCAUACGGCGAAGACGAACAGAGUCUCCCUCCGUCAUAUACGGAAGCAGUCUGUAACCUCUUUGCGCAAUUGGGAGCCCGUGGUGUCUCGAGGAAGAGAUUCUUGCCCGUAUUUCCUGCAUCAUGUCCUUUUGUCACGGCGGUCGGUGGCACCUACGGUAUGAAUCCAGAAAAAGCGGUUAGCUUCUCAAGUGGCGGUUUUUCGGAGCGGUUUCAACGUCCUUCGUAUCAGGAUGCAAGUGUCAAGGAGUAUCUUCGAGGACUCGGAGAGCAGUGGCAAGGACUAUACAACAGAGAGGGCCGAGCAUUUCCAGACGUUGCUCUUCAAGCCAGAAGCUUCGCCAUCAUCGAUCACGGAUCUACUUUGAAGAUUGGAGGUACAAGUGCUUCUGCACCUGUCUUUGCGGGUAUUGUCUCGCGCUUGAAUGCGGCACGACUGAAUCACGACAAGCCUCGUCUCGGCUUUCUCAAUCCGUGGCUUUAUUCCCUCAUGGGGGACGGGUUCACGGAUAUCGUUGAUGGGGGCUCCUCAGGGUGUGCGGACCCUCGAGGCCAGAUACCAUUAUACCACGAAAUGGCAAGCGGUGCCGACCUCCGGACUCUCGUCUCCGAGCUUCACAAUGCUCUCAACAAAAACCAACUCGACGCUACGAAUGACAUCCUGAGCCGUGCCAAGCGCGCUCUGCUGUUACAGAAUGCCUUGAUUCCUACGCCUUCCACGUCGCCCGAGUUGAUUGCCAUCGCCCGCGAAGUCCUAGAGCUAGGCGCCCUGGCCGCCAUCCGCCAGACGGACGCUCCCACCUUCACAAGAUAUUACCAGCAGCUGCAGCCAUUCUACGACUUGGAGCGAGACAGCACGAAUGCCGGAAAGGUGGACUUCCGAACCAGCCAGCGUAGCAAGAUCACAGGCCUGUACCUGUUGCUUCUGCUGAGCAUGGGCGACAGCACGAGCUUCCACACGGUUCUGGAAGGGCUGGUCGAGGAGGCGAGCCUGAAGGGCAAGAGUGUGGAGGACGACUCGUUUAUCAAGUAUCCGGUGGACCUGGAGCGGAAUCUGAUGGAGGGAAGCUACGAUAAGGUGUGGAGAGAGACGAACUCGGAGCGAGUACCCUCGGGUGAAUUUGCUCUGUUCUCCAGCGUCCUUGUCGGCACCAUCCGCAGUGAGAUCGCCGACUGCUCCGAAAAGGCCUACCCGUCGCUCCCGAUCUCCAACGCCAAGAACCUCCUCUUCCUGGAGUCGGAGGGCGCGGUCAUCGAGUUCGCCCAACAGCGCGGAUGGGUUCUUCGUGAUGGCCGGAUAUACUUCCCUGUCGAGCCCGAGGCGGCCGCCCGGUCCGAGAAGGACAUCCUGGUGGCCAGCGGCACCAUCAUCGAGAACGCGAUAGGAUAUGCCCGGGAGCUGGAGACGAUUGUGUAA